ACUGACGUAGGUUAGCAGGCUGACGCCGCGCUAUAAAAGGACCGAGGUGCCGACCGCGCCGCAGAGUUUCAGCUGCAACCAGCACAUAACAUACCGCUGUCCGGAGAGCCUCCGAAAUGAAGUCGCACAACGGCAGAAGUGCAGAGAGUUCGCCGACCGAGGUCGAAGAUCUGAGCGCCGUGCUGUGUGAAUUUGAUGCGGUGAUCGAAGACUUCGCUUCCCCGCUCAGCAAGAGACACUUUAGGUAUGAGGAGCACCUGAGGUGCAUGAAAAGACGAAGCAGCAUAAGCGUCAGCGACUCUGGUGUCAAUGAUCCGGACAGUCCAGGUUCACUUCAGAGAAACAGCUUCGCCUUCAGUGACGAGAAGCUUAAGAGUCCUACGGUUCCCCGUUCCAGAGCUAAACUUGGAGAUACAAAGGAACUGGAAGACUACAUUGCAGAUUUGAACAGAACAUUAGAACGUAUGUGAAGGGAAAAUGAUGAGCUUGGUCCUUGGCCCCGUCUGAACAUUUGAAAAACAUCAGCAAGAAAAACAUAUUCAAUCUACCAACAUUUCUCAAUGAUGUUUGCACCUUGAAAUAGUUGCCAGCUCUUGCAACCAGUUAAUGCAUCUCAAAACUCUAGAUAUAAUUGUGCUGUUUUUAAAAAUAUGAGGUUUGGGUGGGGGUGGUUGAUCUUUGGACUUGAAAUAGUGCUGCGCUGUUUAGGAGGGUUUGAGGAAAAGGUAAUUUGGAAGGGAUUUAAUGAGGCCAGUCGAAACAGGAAUUGCUUCGGCUUAUUUCCAUCAUUUUAGGUCACAAUGGUGCUGGCUGCCUUGUGGCCAUUCUGUCUUGGGAGAGGAGGCAAAGUACAAGGCCUCCAUUUAGAAAUGAUCUGCACAUUCUUCCCACUGGGUCUUCAAUCAUUUUCAUUACUAAUAAUCAUUUCAUAUUGAAAUAUUUUGUAAAUUAAAACAUUGGAGUAAAUUUUGCUAGGGUCAAAUUAGUUCACAUUCAAAGCAUGGUACUGCAAAAUGAAACUUUUUACAAGACUUCAUCUGUUACCUUUUUCCUGUACGGAAUAUUAAAUAAUUACUUUUGAAAUGAGUUCCAAUUUACGAAUGCUAUCAAGUGUUGCUGCCUGACUUAUUUUCAAUAUUUGAGAUCGACAGCUUAAAAUUUUCCUGCCAGUUAUUGGCAUUCCAAACAGACAGAACUGUGCCUGCCUUGUGUAACAAAUAAAGAUUGAAUAACAGCUUCCUUAAAACUAUUUUUAAAUUCCAAUAUACUUGAUGUAACAUGGGAUGUUGCUGCCAUGUUUCCUUAAAUGCACUGGGAAGCAUAUUUCUAACUUCUAUGCCAAACUUCGAACCCCACGUAACAUUCAGGUCCUUUAGACUAGUAUUUGCAUUUAUCCUCCAAGUCAACACUUUCAUAAGAAAUGAAUACCUAGGCCCCAGUGCAGAUUUUCUAUGGUACUACAUUAUUCGUUUACAGGCUAUGGGCUUCCUUGUCAGUUGUUGCUCUAGUAGUGACAAGUUGUGCCUCAAAUGCUUGCAUCCCCUUUUGAUGGAGGUAUUCCCGCAGUCAUUUCGGGAAGGCAGUUCUGGGAUUUUGGAUCCAGUCACAACAAAAGAAAACAAUUUUGUAUUUCUAAAUUGGGAUCUGUGAUUUGGAGACAAACCUGCAGGUACUCGCCUCCCUGAUUUCACUGCGAGCAGUUGGUCCUUUCCUAAAGUCUUUAUUGACCUGGUGCAUCUGUCAGGUGGACUGGACAUGCUACCUUCAUCCUGGGCAAUACAACAUUAGAUUAGAUUAUAUUCAACUUCAUUGUCAUUGUGCUGAGUACAGAUACAAAGCCAAUGAAACGCAAUUAGCAUCUAACCAGAAGUGCAAAAGAAUAGUAUUAAUUACAAAAUAAUUGUGAAUAAAAAGUAAGUGCUACAGCACACAAGUAUAAAAGUACUGAGACAGUCCAAUAUGGGUGCAAUACUGCUUAGCGCUGUGGUGUGAGGUUCAGCAGGAUCACAGCCUCAGGAAAAAAGCUCUUCCUGUGUCUGCUGGUGCGGGAGCAGAGGCUCCUGUAGCGACUACCGGAUGGGAGGAGAGUAAAAAGCCAAUGGUUAGGGUGAGAUGCAUCCUUGAUAAUGCUUUUCGUUCUGCCCUGACUGAAAAUCAACAAACACUCACAUGAGCUAGACUACCAGCCAAGGUUUGUACCUAGUCUUUUGGAACAGGGCCAGACUCAUGACUUUGUUUGUCAUCUAUCAUUGAAUCACAAAUGAAUUAUUUUUAUUUUAACUGCCCUUUAGAAUAAGUAUCUCAAAUGAAAUGCACUAAUAUUGUUUAAUAUUGUUUGAACUGAUAAAUGUAAAAAGCAUUCCAAACAUGGUAUGGAGUCUGCCUUUUCUGUCUGGCUGAAAAAACUGAAAUAUGUCUGUCCCUUCUGGUGACCAUAAAAGCUCAGGUUACUACCUUGAACAACAAUGUGUAUAAACUUUUGUUAUCUCUCAACCAAUAUGUCCAAAUUGUAUAAAAUGUAAAAUUUUUAUGGGAGUGCAACAGUGCAAAGACAUAAAAUUACUAUAAGUUACAAAAUAAAUCAUGCACAAAAAGAUUGAUGAGGUAGUAUUAUCAAGAGAUGCAGGUGUUGGAAUUUGGGGCAACAGACAAUCUGCUGGAAGGGUGGCUUCAGCAGCAUUAGUGAGCUUAGGAGAAAGAAUUUCCAAAUUAUUGGUUGAAACUCUGCAUCAGGUCUGUUGGUCCAAAUAGAGGGUUUCAAACUACAAUGUUGACAAUUCUUUUCCUGCUACAGAUGGUGCUCAACCUGCUGAGUUCCUCCAUCAGCUUGCUCUUUGCUACCUGGACUUUUUGGUGUUUGUGGAAGCUUGCUGCACUUCCUAAAUGUCUGCACUCAAUUGGAUUAUGGCUGCUGGGGUAGCCUGCUUCAUGAGCUAUUUUUCAUUAUUUUAAUCAACAAAACUUUGGAGACUGGGGGGGAGGGGGGAUGCGCAUGGCAAGGAUUCUACUUCCUAAUUUUGAAGCACUGAAACCAGUAGGGGGUGUGGGAAGACAGUUACUAACUUGUUCGUUGGCCAGGGUAUUCGUCCUCUUAACAAUGGAUUCCUACUGGAAAGUGAGAUAACACUAAAAGUGAUUUCUUAUCUCUUAUUGGUCCUUUUGAGGAUGUGAGAUACAGUAUUUGAGGGAUUGUUUUGAAUUAACCCUAAGUAAUCAAAGUCGAAAUUGUGUUUUAAAAACCUGUUGCUUAAGCAAAACUCUGAGGUAAAAUAGCUAACAUUUUCUAAUUAUGACUCUAGGUUUUAGUUUCAGAACAAUGUUGAAGGAGUUUCAUCAUUAACGACAGCACUUAAAUGUAUUUUGUUGAGUUUAUGUAACCAAAGUACUCAACAGGAAUGUUAGCAGAGGAAGCCCAUUACUGAGCCAGUUUAGACAGCAUGGCUAAGGAGAGACACAGCGACUGAGAUGCUGGAAUUCGGAGCAGUGCAAAGUCUGCUGGAGAAACCUAGUGGGCUGAGCAGUAUCUCUGGGUGGAAAAGAAUUGUCAACCUUUGAGACAAAACCCUGAGAGGGAAAUGGCCAAGAUGUUAAGGUGCUGGGGAGUAGGUAUGGAGGAGAUGUCAGGGGUAAGUUUUUUUGACGCAGAGAGUAGUGAGUGUGUGGAAAGGGCUGCUGGUGACGGUGGUGGAGGGGGAUACAAUAGGGUCUUUUAAGAGAUUCCUGGACAGGUACAUGGAGCUCAGAAAAAUAGAGGGCUAUGGGUAACCCUAGGUAAUUUCUAAAGUAAGUACAUGUUUGGCACAGCUUUGUGGGUUGAAGGGUCUGUAUUUUGCCGUAGGUUUUCUAUGUUUUUAUGUCUUGGGCACUAGCCUACAAAGUACCCAGGACAUUUUCAAGGAGCGGCAUCUCAGAAAGGCAGCGUCCAUUAUUAAGGACCUCCAGCACCCAGGGCAUGCCCUUUUCUCACUGUUACCAUCAGGCAGGAGGUACAGAAGCCUGAAGGCACACACUCAGCGAUUCAGGAACAGCUUCUUCCCCUCUGCCAUCCGAUUCCUAAAUGGACAUUAAAUGAACACUACCUCACUUUUUAAAUAUAUAUUAUUUCUGCUUUUUGCACGAUUUAAAAUCUAUUCAAUAUACAUAUACUGUAAUUGAUUAUUAUUAUUAUUUUCUUCUAUAUUAUGUACUGCAUUGAACUGCUGCUGCUAAGUUAAUAAAUUUCACAACACAUGCCGGUGACAGUAA